AUGAAAGUGGAACUUGCUCAGGAAGAUGUGNACCUGCCCACCAUUGAAGAUACCUACCGCCAGGUGCAGGGCUGCAACCACGCCAUGGGUGCCCUGCACAUCACCGACACCACUGGCGGCCACCGCUACCCAGAUCUGCAGCGCCUUGCCAUUUCCAGGGGCCAUGCCUUCGUCCUGGUCUACUCAGUCACCAAGAAGGAAACCCUGGAGCAACUGAAGCCCUUCUAUGAGCUGAUCCGCAAGAUCAAAGGCAGCGAUCUGCAUAAGUGUCCUAUCGUGCUGGUGGGCAACAAGAGAGAUGACAGGUACCACAGGGAGCUGACCCUCAAAGAUGGUGCUGCCCGUGCGCUCGAGUGGAAUUGCGCUUUCCUGGAGACGUCGGCCAAGUUGGAUGUCAACGUGCAAGAGCUGUUCUACAUGCUGCUGAACCACGAGAACCCUGACGCCUGCCCCGAGAGUCCUGAGAAGAAAUCCCAGAAGCCCAAGACCACCGAGAAGCGGCUUGGCAAGUGCAUCAUCAUGUAAGCCCAGAGUGGUAAAAGCCGACGGUAUCCUGUAGUGUGCAGAAAACACAGAGUAAUCCCGUCCUUCCGUCACCUAUACUGACUGAUAAUUGUGCUGUGAAUUGGGCUAUAACAUCCAGAUGUCCAUACAUGUGCCUUGUAUGUUGAUAACUUUUAUUUCUCUCAGGCAGGACAAUUCAGAUGGUUAAAGCAUUAGCAUUCGUGGAAAAGAGGAGAAAAGGAGCACGAUGCAUUUAAAGUAAGACUUUGUACAUAAAUUUAGAAAGAGAAACGUUUUAGAAAGAAUAAAAUACAAAAAUGUUUUGAAAGAUACCACAGCCCUUUUGUAACCCUUGUAUUGUGUAUUAUUUAUAAACAUGUCAAUUUUUGUAAAUGUGUUUUCAUAUCCUUCCACUGUGUAUUUAUUGUUAAAAAAUGUGUUUCACAGCAGCUUUCAAAUAUUGCUAUGAGAUAGAUGUACUAAACAAAACUUAAGAAAAAUAAAUCCCCUAUAGAUUGAUCAUUGGGAUUGGAAGCGGAGACAAUUAUGAAAGUGGAACUUGCUCACAAACAUGUGGUAGCUGUUCCUAAGUCAUUAUGAAAUGUUUCGGUAUUCCACAUUGUUUUAAAAAGUGUAACCGCUGUUAACUUAAUAAAGAUUUUCCUGCAUGCAA